GACAUUACAUGACUUAUUUCUGUCGUAUUUCGUUUCUUUAUCUUGCCGUCCAAAUCCCCCGGGGUAGCCUCUCCUGAGGUCUGCGGCUGGCCCCUGUUCUGGUCCACCUUCAAUGCAGGAUGACACACGCCACUAUCAAAAAAAAAAACCCUCAGCUCUGCUUCCUCCAUACCGUUCAGCUAUCUCUAACCAAAAUGGCAAUUGAGCACAGUAUCAAGUUGGGUGAUAAAUACGCCGACGAGAAAUCCUUUGAUGAAGCAGUCACCGCGUACUCUGCCGCGUUGGCGGAGAACCCAAACGCAUUCAAAGCGUUGAUCCAAAGAUCGAUUGCAUUCCAGAAGAUGCAAAAGUACGCCGAAGCGCUCGCUGACUUGGACAAUGCAUUGAAAGUGGCCGAGUCCCGAGGCAACAGAGAACAGAUUUCCACCGCGUAUUUCCGCCAGGGGUUGGUGUAUUUCUUGGCUGGUGACUUCGAGCAGGCCGUUCCACUCCUCACCAAGGGCCAGGAGUACGGCUGUACGGAGGCAUCGCUUGCGAUCUGGAAAUUGAAGGCAGAAAAGGGAUUAAGUGAGGGGAAAUCAGUGAAGUUUGAUGGGAGAGUGGAGGAUGUCGCUAAAGCUAUUAAGACUGCAGAGGCCCCGAACGCAUCGGUUGAGGCGAUGAACAGACUUGCGCCAGUUAAGGAAAAGAUUAAGAUCGACUGGUACCAAUCAACGUCUUCUGUUACCUUAACCAUCUUUGCGAAAAACAUUGACAAGGAUGCGUUGAGGGUGACCAUGGCCGCUCGCUCGCUUUCGGUCAACUUCCCCACCACCUCGUCAUCGGAGUACGCCUACGAGCUUGACCCGUUGUUUAGCAGUAUAAAUCCGGAAAAAUCCACGUACAAGGUCUUUGGAACCAAGUUGGAGCUUGUGCUUGUGAAAAACGAGCCGGUGAAGUGGACAACCUUGGAGGCUGAUGCAGACGUGGCCGCGGCGCAGCUUGUCACCGAUGUGAAUGUGGCAACACACUACCCCACCUCCUCCAAGAAGGGUACGAACUGGGCGUCCUUCCAGGUAGAUGAAGAAGAUGCGAAGGAUGGAGGCGAGGAUUUUUUCAAGACCUUGUACAAAGACGCCAGUGAGGAAACGCGGAGAGCCAUGAUGAAGUCGUACAUUGAGAGCAAUGGGACCGCGCUCUCCACCAACUGGGAGGAGGUGAGCAAGGAAACCAUCAAGACACAGCCUCCAGACGGCAUGGUUGCGAAGAAGUGGUGAGGUAGAAACGUAAUAAUGAUUUAGAUGUUGAGUGUAGUUGGCAUGGGAUGCUAUUUGUUAGACACCACGGCUCUCGAAGUAUUAUCUGAUAAAGGUUUAAUAGUUCAUAAGGGCUGG